AUGGGCAAGAAGACAAAAGGCAAGAAUGGGGGCCCUAGUACCAAACAAGGAUCUGGGAACCAGGCAAAAUCCAAAUGGGAUCUGAUCUCAGGAGACCAAUAUCUCACAGCAAAGCAUGCUGCUCAGAUUGGGCUUGGAAUAAAGUCCAGUCUGGAGGCAACAACAGGGACAGGGACAAGAGUCCAGGCUCAGCAAGAUGGCUACCUCAUGGAAAACAGAGAGAGGAAUGGAAUAACAACGAACCAAUUAAUCCUCCUUGGCUUUGGGGAUCUUGAGGAACUGCAGCUUUUACUCUUUCCACUGUUUUUAGGAAUAUAUGCAAUAACAAUGGUGGGGAAUUUUCUCAUUUUAAUAGGUGUAUCAGUUGAUAAGAGACUUCACACACCCAUGUAUUUUUUCCUUGGCAAUUUAUCUUUCUUGGAGAUUUGGUACACCUCAAACAUCACCCCCAGGAUGCUGGUGGAUUUGCUGAGAAAGGACAAAACUAUGUCAAUGGCAGGUUGUAUCAUACAGCUGUACAUUUUCUGUGCCCUGGGGACUGUUGAAUGCUUUCUUCUGUUGCUUAUGUCAUAUGAUCGCUACCUUGCCAUCUGUAGCCCUCUGCACUAUGCCAAAGUGAUGAACUGGAACUGUUGCUAUAAAUUGACUGCUGGUACGUGGUUGUGGGGUUUCCUGUUAGCUGCUGGGCUGAAUUUCAUUGUAUGUACAUCCCUAACACUCUGUGGCCCAACACACAUUGAACAUUACUAUUGUGACUUGACACCCUUAUUGAAAUUGUCCUGCUCAGACACCCAUAUUGCAGAGGUAGCUAUCUUUGUUGCAUGCUUUAUCGUUUCAUUGUUUCCUUUCUCCUUAACCAUCUCAUCAUAUUUCAAUAUCAUAUGGACUGUUCUCAAAAUCCCAUCAUCCUCUGGAAAGAGGAAAGCUUUUUCCACUUGUAGCUCUCAUCUUAUCAUAGUUAGUACUUUCUAUGGGACACUGGGCACCACGUAUGCAGUAUCUAUAGGGACAGAAUCCGUAGAAUUAAACAAAAUGCUUUCCUUACUGUACACUGUCCUGACCCCUAUGUUUAAUCCCAUUGUAUAUAGUUUGAGAAAUAAGGAGGUUAAACUAGCUCUUAGCAAAUUACUAGGCAAAGUUUAA